CAGCCUCGCUGGGAAUUCAGAGACCACAGAAAUUGGGGCCUGACUGAGCCUUGUUUAGAUCCCUGCCAUAUUACCUGUACAAGUCAACACAACAACCAAUUCUAUAUGAACAAAUUUGCAACAAAUUUAGGACUAUUUUUUGUUGUAAAUAUCAAUAGUUCACCUUUGGCUGAACCCAGAAUAUUUGGAGUGUAUAUAUUCUGCUCAGAUAAAACACUAAGAAAUAAUGGUUGUCUGUCAAUCAAAAUGGAUAAACAGAGAAAAAAUACUGCACUUAUUUUCCUCUUUUUUCUCUUGCACCCAAGACCAAAAUAAGUUCAAACAUGAGUCUCAUGAGGUGGAAAAAAAUCUUCAGAGAGACAAUAAGGUGUCCAGGGAUGAAAACAAGGCUCUCAGAAAAGAAAACAAAUCCCUUUGGGGAGAAAAUAAAGCUCUUCAACAAGAAAACAAAGCCUUCCGAAUGGACAACCAGUUGAUCAGGGAGGUAAAUCAAUCCUUGAGACAGCAAAACGAGGUUCUAUGGAAGUUUAAAAAUGUGGUUUUAGAGAGCCAAAAACCAGCAGGGGAAAAAAUCAAUGCUUUGAACACAGAAAGAAAAUCUUAUUGGCAACAGAAUCGAGCUCUGGAAGCACAGAUCAAGGCUAUGAGAGAACAGGAGAAGGCCUUCCAGAAUGAAGCAAAAGCUCUUCAGGAAGAAAUAAGGUCUCUCCAUGAGGAGAUAAAGGCCUUGCAACACCAGGAAAGAGCAAUCAAGAUGGAGGAACAAGCCCUGAUGAAAGAAGGAUUAGCACUAGAGAUGGAAGAACAGGCUCUGUGGAAGGCGGAACAGGCACUUCGUGAGGAAAACAAGGCUCUUAGAGAAGAAAACGGGGCUCUUCAAGAGGAGGAGAAAGCCCUUCUGGAAGAGGCAAAGGUACUUCAAGAGUGGAAUAAGAUUCUUCAAGGAAAGACAACAAACACACUUGUUGGAAAAAUGCACAAGAAUAAAACAGAGCAGGAGAAUUGUGACUUGAAGACAUAACUAGCAAACCAUGAGGACCACUGACAUUCCAGUAAAAAUCAUUAAAAGUUUUUAAGGUGAAAUACUGUUGUUGGGAUUGAAAUAAAAAAACCUGUAAAUUUACAGUAUUCAGUAUCUGGUC